UCGUCAUCGAACGUCCGUCGGGAGAAACAGUCGGAAUGUCAAACACGGAGAAGCAGCAAACCGCCGAAGGGCAGGCCGAUGGCGCUGAGGAGCCCGACGAGUGGGACAAGAGGAUCUUCAGCACUGGCUGCUCAGACGAGAAUGCGACGCUGAACGACUGUUUCCGUGAGAAGAAGGAUUGGAGAGCAUGCAAAGGAGAGAUGGAGGCCUUCAAGCAGUGCUGGAAGAGACAGGGCAAUGAGGGCAGGACCGAUCAGAAGGAUGCGUGAGGGUACAUCGCUGCCGACUGCUUGGGACUGACCGCCCAGUCGGACCCGAGUAGAUAAGCCGACUCAGUGUACUGUAGAAGUAAUGAAUUCGACUCUGUAC